AUUGAAUCUGAAUCACUAAUUUUGACAUGGUGUAGUUUGAAAUUUAUUAAUUUUUAUUUUGAACUUAAAUGUCCAGUCCACUCGAUUAUCUAGAAAGCCUCAAUUUUAACACAAAACGCUUCCAAAAAUUCUCACAAAUUGUGGAAACUUUUCCGCCAACUGACGCCAAGGAUGUCAAAGUUUGUGUUUGUAGAUGUUGGCAAAGUAAAAAGUUCCCCUACUGUGAUGGAACCCAUAAAUUGUUGAUGGAGAAUGGUGAUAAUGUUGGACCAUACGUCGCGAUUUUAAAGGCCCAGAAAACAAACAAAAACAACGUUAUUAGAAUUAAACACCCGCUGGCCUCAGAUAACAAGAAUUACGUUAAUAACACCUUAAAGUCACCAGCAAAAAUUGUUACAUUAGUUGGAUUGAUGGCGUUCCCGAUAUUAUAUUAUAUAUAUAAGAGAAGCAAAUAUGAAGUUAUCAGAACAAACCAUAAGGAAUUUAAUCACUAAUAUUUACACAUUUGCUAA